UUCCGAGCGGGCCGGUCAGUCGGUCAUCGUCUUCCGUUGAUGUACAUUUAAGCAUGUCCUUGUUGCGAGACGCGCUUUUUCCCUGGCGUCGAAACAUGAUCCUCGGACGCGUCGCGGUUUACUUUCUUCGAUUGAUCUCGCUGGCGAACGUCGGUUUCGCGUCGCAGUUACGGCCGAGUGUUUCGUCCUGGUCGUCGUUCAGUGUUUGCGCUCUGAUCGUUCUCCCGUCGGACACGCAGCAAUGGUCGUUGCUGGGCUUGAACCUCUGGCCGUCCGAGCAGACUGUCGAGAGACCUUCCGUCGACGGAUUCGAUUUGAGCGGAAAUUCAAUCUCCAGGGUUCUGAACUUUUUUCCCACCCCGGUGCAAGAGGAGUGCCUGUCGCAGGACAAACGACGACGCGGCAUAUGCAUGAACACGUAUGAGUGUCGCAUUCAAAGGGGAAAGUCCUACGGGAGGUGCGCCCUCGGUUUCGGCGUGUGCUGCAUAUUCACGACAACUUGCGAGCAAAAGGUGCAGAAUAAUCUGACGUACGUGAUCAGCCCUGGCUUCCCCAACCUCAUCGACUGGCCCAUGAACUGCUCGGUGGUCGUGCAGAAGAUCGAUAGGCAGGUCAGCCAGCUCAGGAUCGAUUUCGUCCACUUCAACAUAGGUCAACCCAACUCGAGGACUGGCGUAUGUGACGAAGAUAUCAUGGAAAUCAGAAAUGGCAGGAGCGUGUUUCAAAUGUGCGGCUGGAACAGCGGCCAACAUCUGUACAUAGACAUGGACGACGACGAACAGUCCUUGACGCUGGAUCUCCGAUUACUCGGCAGCCUCCAGCCAAGAAUGUGGGAGAUGAGGAUCGUCCAGCUCGGUUUCGACCAACGUGCGCCCACUGGCUGCCUGCAGUACUUCCAAGGCUCUAACGGCACAUUGAAAUCGUUGAACUUCCUGUCGAACGGGCGAUUUCUCGCCAACCAGGACUACUUGCUGUGUGUCCGUCAGGAGAGAGGGAUGUGCGGGAUCUCUUACGCCCCCUGUUCGCCCGAUUCCUUCCGGAUCGGUCUGCGCAGAACGCAGCUGGCGAAUAGCACGACGCCGAACGCGAAUUCGAAUUCGAAUUCGAAUUCGAAUUCGACUGUCCGUAACACGGACGACGCGGGAUCUCUGAACGGGACGAACGUCGAGAUCGAGGGAUCCGGAUCGAACCCGAUGGACGAAGGUGGCACCUCGAUGAACACGAGCAGCCCUACGGAGCAGGAAGUCGUCGGCCCGUCGAACGGAGCGGUUUAUGGACAGGAACGAUGUCGAGACAGGGUGCUCAUCCCCUGUGACUUCGAGGAGUUUAUCACGCCUGGCAACAACGAGGCCGGAAUUUGCAACCUUGAACACUGCGGCAGCUCUCUGUGCGAUCGAAACGAGCUGGACGAAGAAGGCAACUGCCGCGUGGAAACUUGGGCAACGCCCUUUCGUGUUAGGAUAGCUUUUGGCCCUGGACAGGACACGGGGACCACGCUCGAGGACAAUAUUGGCAUGUGUCUCGUUUACGAACAACUACCAUGCAUCGCCUGAACAGCCUUCGAGUGAAACGAGUUGUGUAAGGUGUGAAGCAAAAUCCCAGAGUUCACGUGUUAUCCAAAGAUCGAUCGCCUUGAAGGUUUGAUACGACGACUCGAUGUUUUACUAUAGUAAUAUAACGCAAUAGUAAGUAUAAAUUUCAUAUGUUUCAACCUCUUGUCUUUUCACAAUUAGAGUGACGUUGUUUUCCAUUAAAGAUGACCUUUGUCGCAUCGCGACACACUUUUUGUUGUUCAAACCUUCAGCCAAUGAAUUUAGUUCAAUUGUAAUAUUAUUGCAAUGAUUACAUUUUUUUCAUCAACUGAGGAUUUUGACGAUAAAAGGAUAGUAGCAUAAUUUAUUUUCAAUGAGAAGCGACUUUCAACCCUCCGUGUAUAAGUUGAAAAUUAAUUAUUUUAAAGAAUGGAAAUAUAAAUGCGCGAAACGGCACAAAAAAAUAUUUUACGUUAGUUUUUUUACAAUGAAUUGGUACUGUUAUUUCUUUCCACUCGCUAAUUGUUUGAGAUUUAGAGAUCUAGUGGCAAUCAAACUCUUGCUCGGAAUUCAUUAGAUAUUGGAUAUUUUUUUAUUUUCAAUAUUCACUAUUUAUCAUAGAUUUCUGACAUUUGUAAGAAAAAAAUUAGUGCUUAGCUGAGAGAGUUCAAAAGAAUACCGCAAGACAAGAGGUUAAUGUACCCGCGAUAACCGUGCUGAAUUUUCUACAGAAGUCGAAUUAAAAAAUUUUUAAUGAGAGAAAUACAUUUCUUCCUCAUAAUUCGACCAUGUGCGCGUGUGUAUUUAUACGCGUUGUGAAUGAAGAAACUAAAUCUAAGAGGAUCAAGAGAUUCGUGCACCGACUAAUUAUACACCCAAAUACCUAGCAGCUAUCCGCUGAAAUAACCAAUUAAAAUUCUGCGAUUUCAUCUUGCAUCCUUCAUCCAGUGUCAUUCUGGUCUCCUCGCCCCCUUUUUUUUUUUUUUUUUUUUUUUUUUGAGGAAUUCCAGAGGAAAAGUAGCUGUUUCAACUUCCUGCAACACUGUGCAAUAUUCAUGUCCAUCCGUUCAUAUUUUUGAAAAUUUCAUUUCCAUUAUAUUGCUCUUCACUUGUCGUGCUACAAUAUUAUUUUUCUAAGGACGCAUAAACGAAAGAUGUGGCAUUAAAUAAAUUUAGAAAAUAAAAUUUUGAUUAUAACAUUACCUUUAUACACGUUCAUAUA